UUCAGACCAUAGAAUUUCGGUAGCCAUGGUUGAGUAUGAAAACAUCAGUAUGUCCUGGCUUGCUGGUGACCUUGUCAUAGGAAGUUCCACGCCAGUAUGUACGACCGGAAGUGUCCUGCCGAAUUCUGACGUCAGUGGUAUCUUCGCUAAGGUAGAAACAAUAGAACGAUUUCAACGACAGGUGGAGCUACAUGUUACACGAGCAGAGGCUUUGGAGCUGAUUGAGGAGGCAGAAAUACAUGUAUCUGUCAACACUGAUGUCCGCCCAGCUAUUAGGACACGAGAAAAACGGCACAUGUCAAAUGUCCUGAAGACUGUACUGAGCGACAUUGACUGGAACAACACCAUGGAUACGAUGAUUCCCUUCAACAAGGACAACAACACAAUACAUUUGACUAAACUAUCCAGCAACCCGCAGCCUAUCCUAAACGUUAGUGGAGGUGAUGAGGAUCUGAGUUUGACUGACGAGACUGACUUCCUGUUCACUUGUUCUAACUGUGGUGGAAAAACGAAACUGAAAUAUAGAUUGCGAGUAAAAAUCGACAAAGUCAAUAAUAACCCAGUUAUAAAGGUGUUCACAACAGAGGUUGAAGGGGAGUUCAGUGGCCAAUACAACUUCCAUGCGUCAGGCAAAACCAACAUGACUUUGAGCUACGACGGGCCUCUAUGGGAUACAGAGCCCACCAUCUACCUUAAGGUGCCCAUAGCAACAUUUUCCCGACUUCCGGCUGUAGAGGUUAUCGUUAAAGCCAAUACUGAGGCUUUCCUUGCUGUAAACAUGACAACGUUAAAGCCGUUCCAAAUCGCCCAUAAUUUAACAACCGAGGGGACGUUUUUAUACACUGAUGAAGUAAAAGAUGGCGAGUCCACAGGCGCCAUGUCGUUUCCUGAUUGGACAACACUGGGUACAACUUCAGUAUUGGAAACUAACGAGAUGUUCAGCUUCCACGCGAUAAUCACACACAAGAUUCACCUGAAACCAUAUAUCGGAUGGUCUCUAAGAGAUAUUACGAUGGAUUUUGGCGCUCCAUAUGAAAUACAACUGAGUCAACACUUAGAGACUGACUCGAAUGUGGAAGAUACAACCUACUGUACGAGCAGUGUGUCCGAGAUAACUGGCUCAUGGAAACACACAGCAAACAGACUUGACGUGGUAGCGUUCGACAUCAACAUUUGGAAUGUUCUUUUGGAAAACGAACAGAAAGCUAACACGUCGAUAUGUAAAGCAGAGAUAGCAAGGACAUGUAGAGCCAACUGCAAGGAUCCUGUUAUUAAUAAAUUUAGUGGAUUGACUAUGGAAAGUGUAUGUGGUGACCCUGAGGUGCCGAUUUACAGGCACAGCAGUAACUUUGACAGUCUUAAAGAGCUAUUUGGAAACCUUAUAACCUUUCCGGACUCAGACUCACAUGCUGACUGGUGUGGACAGCCAGGGGUAUCGUGUACUCGUUGUGAUGAAAAAGGAAGCUCGAUUUGUGCAAAUCGGCUUCUAUCGGCGCAAAUGGCAGCCACCACCACUCGAUUGGCUAAAUUCGUCAAGUCAGAAUGGCCAGAUCGUAGCUUAAUCUUAAAAGAAGGAUGGAGCGAACCGACAUCUCGGUAUCCGAACGGCAAAUAUGGUGACAGUUCAUUGUAUUAUGAAGGUCGUGCAGCAAAAGUAGGCGUUAGUACACAAACUAAUUCGUCUGAUCAAAGCUUCAUGAUCGACGAAAGGUCAGAUGUCGUUUACCGUUUACUUGAACUAACUUCAUGUGCCGGGUUUACUUUCUACGAGAUGACGUCAGACACAGAUAAGAGCAUUAUCAGUACUUGUUUAAAGAAACCUGCGGCACGGAAGAGGAGAAAAAGGAGAGAGGCAUCACGAGAGGAGCUGGACGACGCCGAAAAGCAACAGUUUCUCGAUAAAUUAACCAAUCUAGUGUUAAAAUCUACGCCGACACCUCCUUCACAUUUUAAUACAAAUUCUGCCUAUCCUAAGGAUGUCACUGCCAUUGAUAUCCUUAGUCCUGUUGACGAGCCCUUCUCGGUGGAUAAUAACGCACAAAUGAAAAGGAUGAUGCAAUAUCCUCCUCUUGACGUUACCUUUGAACCGGAGGGUCCGGCAGACUCGUCAUGUGGUACAACCACGAGACGAUGUAAGGAUUGUGCGACGUACGACGAAGUCGAAGACCCGUGGGACUGGUGCCUUACACGGACUAUGACCCCUAGGAUGGCCCUUCGACUUCGACGCCUUUCCAUUCUCAGUAAAAUUCAGCUGGCUGUUAUAGUACCACAUGAACGAGAUGAUGCCGAUGUUGUUAUAUACAGGAACGUCGGCAGAGCUUUGCGAUUGAAAUCGACAAUUCCAACUGUCUCACAAACAUAUCUCGCUAACUUAGCGAUUUCAGCGGGAUUUGACUAUAUCUGUCUGUCUGGGACCUCUGGUGUUGACGUAUUUGUACGGGAUCAGGCUGGGUAUAUGGCCACUCUAGAAGUCUAUCCUCGUGUCAGUAUGUUACAUGUCAAUCCAGCUACACCUGAACUAAACGAUUAUACACCCAUAUAUGUAAAGGCUGUAUCUGCUGAGACCAUUCCAGGCAUAAUUGAUGGGAUCAACGAAAAGCUACACUUGUCUGACAAUUACAUGGUCUCAGAUUUCAAACCUCUCGGAAAACGUUACUUCCGGAUGGACGUACGGUUAUUAGAAUGCAUUGAAGAGGUCACUAGUGAUUUAAAUGGCAAACUUCACAUUUUAGCGAGCUAUAAAACGUACUCUAUGAAUGACGAAAACAUUGAGGAACGACACGAAGAGGAGAAGAUAUUUUACACUCGAGGCCAAGCCUUACAAAUAUCGGGAUAUGAAGUCAAUGACGUUACAUACUUUGACCUUGCGGCUAUUGCGUCUUCGCUCAUCAAGAGGUGCGUCCCUGCUCUCAGUCUUAAGCAGAUGGCACUCGGUAUUGGCUGUCACGCUAAAUUUGUGUAUGUCGAUGUGAGGGAGAAGAAAGCCGACGUGUCCGUCAAUUUCUGGAAUGUGGAUAAUGAGCAACUUUACAAAGUCGUCAAAGAUUUGGUAGAAAUUCAUGAAAAGGGAGGAGUCCUUGUGCAAAGCAAAAAUACCGGCACCAAGUGCGCCGAACAUCCUUUGGGGAAGGACGCAUUCUACAUCAAAUAUGGCGACAGUGACUGUAAUCCGGCGGGUUAUUAUGCCAACUUCUGUGCUGACACUAAAUCACUUAGAAAAGACCUGUCCUCGAGCCUUGCGUCACAUCUCUGGUCUGGUGCUCAGGGACUUUCAAAACCGGAGCUAAACAGACAAACAAACGAUUGUUUAGUCAAUAACUGUGGAGGGUGUAUCGGCAAAGGGGAUGUCUGGAACAGGAAGCUACGGGCGUGCCAUGGACUUCUGAAAAUGAUCGUUGAUGCCACCGCCUCCCCUUUUCCAAACAUGAAGGACAAUGCGGCAUUCUUUAACACCGAAAACCACGACUCAAAGAUCCAUUCCCUGGCCUGCCACGACCACAGUGUCUGUGUUGAAAAUCUUCCGCUCUUCUCUAACUUCAUUACGACGGUGAACGAGAAAUACCGUCCGUUUGAUGAUAAAAAUAUAGAAGAGAUGCUGUUUGGUCCGGGUGAUAACCCUUCACCGGUACUCGAUAUGUUAGAACAGGAGAUGGCGUAUCGGGUCAAAGGUCAUAUCCGGGUUUAUAUAGAAACCAUAGAUGAUUUGUCUGCUUUGGAACAGGUUUUGAAGAUUCUAAUGGUGUACAACAAGAAUGUUACAGACGUCUCCAUUGAGAUUACAGAUGAGACUUUGCGAGAUUUCACAAGUAGUAGAGUCCAAAAGAAACUUGACAAAUGGAGUAGUUCUGUGUGCCCGUAUCUCAGUCGACAAGUCAUCGCUCCUUACACCAUCUCUCUAAUACCGGAAGUUCGAACGCGCCGCAGUAUAGAACUCAGUAAGAACCGGAACAAAAGGAAAGCACAGAUGAGGAACUGGGAACUGGAAUGGGCAUCUAAUAUAAGUCUGUAACAGAACUUUAAACCGAUGUUAAUAAACUUUCGUAAAGUUAAAUAAAGUUAUAUUUCAUCGUCGGAAUGACGAGGUACUAUUGAAAUGAAAAUGUAGAUAAGCAUAAUUUUGAAAUAUAAAGGUAUAUACACAACGAAAUCACCGCUUCUAAACAUUUUUCAACGAAAAAAAAAAUCGAUAAUUCAAAUCUCUAUGUUCCAGUAGUAUAUUUUAAACCUGCAAUAAAUUAUAGAUAACAAUGGAAUAAAGUUAAAACAUAAUCUUAACAUGAGACGAUAUAUAUUCCCAGAAUGAAUGUAAUUUCAUAUACUGGUGUAUUACAGAUGGAAUAAUUAUCGGGGCUGAGUCACCUCGCAUAUGUCAUUAAAGCCAUACUUCAAAUCAUCAUACUUGGAUUUUCUAUAUUUCGAUAGACUUACAUGUCUUUAGAAGCUUUGUAUGUGCUACAUUUAGAAACAAGUUAUAUCAGUGUAUAUUAAAUAACCUCUCUUGGCCUAAUAUAAGCUACAGGGGUAUAUGUGUGGAGGGAAACCAAAGUGCCUGGCGUAAAACAUCUACGUAGACGGGAUGCUGACCCAAUACUUGUUUUUCUAAAAUCCAAUCAGGGACUCAAACUCCAGUCAUCCUGGUAAAAUUCUAGAGGGCUAUCUGUCUAUUGAAAACUACUGCUGAUUUUAUGUUUUAUUACUAUUAAUAUUAAUGAGUGAUUUUAAUGUUUUCGGCACUACUCUAGAGUACAGGUAAUCAUGCUAAACAUUGUUCUUACAUACUCACUAGGCAUAUUUAUAUCACGACAAGGGGGAUAACUCAAACAGUCUUGUUCGCCAGAUUAAUUUUCGAACAACAUACGUUACUGCACAUCAUCCUUGAAAUUACAAGGGAAUUACAUAUAUUAAAUUAGACGAAUACAUAUGUAAUGUUACCUGGGAUCAACGGAUAGCCAUACUACAUGUAUAAAUAAACCAGACAUUGUGAAUAAAUAAAAAGUUAACC